AUUUCGAAGAUAAGUGACUCUGCCUAGUUGGCAACACUGAUACUGUUCUUUCGUUUGAAGUUGUAGAAUUCUGUAGUUCUGGAAUAAAACUUUUUCUACGUCUUCUUCUGCAUUUAUAUUAUAAUCCAAAGUCAUUUAGUUUCGACUUAAAAAAAAAUAAAAAUGGGCGAUUCUACUAAAUGGAUUCCUAUGGAAUCAAAUCCAGAAGUAAUGAACAAGUUUUUGUAUGAACUUGGAUUGCCAAAAGAAUGGAAUAUUGUUGAUGUUCUUGGAUUAGAUGAAGCUCUUUUAGCAAUGGUACCUCGUCCAGUUUUAGCAGUGAUUCUUCUUUUUCCUCUUGGCGAUAAGGCAAACAUAGAAGAAAAUCCAAUUGGAACUUUAAAGCAAGAGGAUAAUGUUUAUUUUCUAAAACAAACUAUAAGAAAUGCAUGUGGUACAAUAGCUUUAAUUCAUGCUAUAGGAAAUAAUGCUAAGUCUUUAAAUUUAGAAUCUGAUUCUAUACUUAGCAAAUUUUUAAUUAAGACCAAAGAUGAGACACCAAUUACACGAGGAAAAAUUCUAGAAAGUGAUAUGUGUUUUUCAUCUGCUCAUCAGCAGUAUGCAGAAGAAGGACAAACACAGGUUCCUGAUAUAAAUGUAGACGUAAAUCUUCAUUUUGUAACAUUUGUUCAUGUGGACGGGCGAUUAUAUGAAUUAGAUGGUCGCAAAGAAUCUCCUGUAGAUCACGGAGCUACUACUCCAGAAACACUAUUGAACGAUGCUUGCAGAAUAUGCGAGAAGUUUAUGGCCCGAGAUCCCAGUAACGUUAACUUUUCCGUUGUGGCCCUGACGGGAGUCGAAACAAAUUGAGGAUAACGGAGAUUUAUUUACGAAAGUUAGUAACUAAUGUUUACAACUUCUACUUGAUUGUGACAGUUUGCUGUAUCUUUCUAUUUUCUGUCUGUAUAAUUUUAUUAUUUAUGCAAUUAAUUGUAACGGUAUAUAAUUGAAUUUUAAUUGAAUACAAGUAUUUAUUAAUGCAAAAAAAAUUUUAAUUAAAUUUUUCAUUAGAUGAAACACGUGCUUCAUAUCAAGUUUCUCAAUAAGUAACAUUAAACUUUAGUAAAAGAAUUAAUCCUGGUGGAAACCUAUACCGUUAAUCGUAAAGGUCGCUUAAAAUUCUAUGUUAAAGAAAUGCUGUGCCACACAAAGUUUGAGGACCCCUGUUCCAAUUUCGUCCGUGGUUUAGGUUUACAGGAUUUGUCAAAGCUUUUUUUCAGCGAGAAAAAUAGGUUGUCAAUCUUUAAAAGAGUUAUUGUGGCGAAAGAUAUGGCCAGAAGGGGUCAACCAUCUGCCCUCAAUGACGAUCUUCUUAUAACGGUGUUUGUCAUGUUUCGUCCAGACGCUACAAGGGUGCGUCCUUGUAAACACUAAGUUUUCUGUAUCAUAUUGUAUUUUUUGGGCGCCCGCUCCUACUGGCGUGUAUUAGCCAUCUGUCCGACCGUGACCACCGGCAGAUGCCAUUGUAUACCAUACCCAAGACCAGCUAAUAAAUUUGUUUCCCUUUUUUUUCCUGCAGUAGGUCACUUUUCAAUACUCUGAUCUUUGCAAUAAUAUGUUUGCGCAUUUCUUUAUAUAUUUAUAACGGUGAUAGUAAUUCAAAAUAAAGACUUUUUUUCAUCAUAUUAACAAUUCUAUAAUCUAUAUUCAGUUAACUUUUUAAUGCUUUCCUGUUCUUGCAUAAAUUUCGUUAAAAAUUCCUUCGCCUUGUAUUAAAAUUUUUAAUUUUUUAUUUAAUAAUAAUUAUUCUUUGAAAUAGAAUA